AUGCAGAAAUACGGCCCCGUCCCAGAAUUCCCAGUCAAAGGUAAAAUCGCACUCAUCACAGGUGGAGGAAGCGGUAUCGGUUUCGCUCUCUCCCGUCUGCUUCACGAGAGAGGUGCUCAUAUCGUUAUUGGCGAUAUAAAGCUUGUGUCAGAAGCAGAGGAAUGGAUCGCUCAAGUGCCAAAAGAAGAGGUGUUCUGGCAAUCGUGCGACGUGACUUCCUGGAAAGACCUCCACGAUCUCAUCUCGGCCAGCGUCAAGCACUUCAACGAUGUCCCUGACAUUUACGUUCCAAGUGCAGGGGUCUUCGAGCCAACAUGGUCCAACUUCUGGGGUGAUAGCGAGGACGAAAGCUAUAAAGCCCUCCGUAUCAACGUCGAUCAUCCCAUCAAGUUGACUCGCCUGGCCAUGCGUGCCCUUGCAGGUGCAGAGAAGCAGGGCGUCGUAGCUCUCAUAGCAUCUUCCGCGGGCAUUCGAGGUAACUAUCUGGCGUGUCUCUACAGCUCGGCAAAGCAUGCGAUCGUCGGUCUGGCCAAGUCUCUAGGCCAAGCUGAUGUCGAGGAGGGCGUCAAAGUCAUCUGCAUUUUGCCCGGAAUGGUGCAGAGUCCACUUUGGGAAGACCGCCAGGACGACAUAGCCAAGGAGACGCAAUACCAAGAGCGUUUGAAGUCUGCACUGCAACCAAUCGACAUUGCCGAGAAUAUGCUCCUCAUGAUCGAAAGUCCAGAGUAUGAUGGUGGGAGCUGCGUCCUGAAAACCAAGGCAGAAGAGCGAAUUGUCGAGGAAGGGUAUGCGAAAAGUGUUGGAAAGUACGAUCCCAGUCCAAGGCCAGAGCCAGAUCUGAGGCGGAUCAAGGAGCUUCUGCUGCAGCACAGAGGCAAAGCAUGGGUAUAG